UCUCCAAGGGCAAGACUGUUUUCCCUUUGUUCGUCACCUAUGGAGACGGUGCUAACAGCGUGUAGAAUAGGCGACUUUAAGUUACUAAAACGCCUUCUAGCGCACCACUCUCCACGCAGAACGGACUCAAAGGGCUAUACAGGCCUUCACUGGGCUGUCAAGAGAUAUUAUAUUGAGUGUGUGGAGACGUUACUGGCCGACGGCCGUCUGGACGUGAACGCGAAGACGAAAGACGGAUCGACGGCGCUGCAUUUCUGCUUGUCUUCUCGACUGAAGAAGAACAAGAGAUUACUGCUCAUGCAGAUGCUUAUUGAGGAGGGUGCUGAUCUGAACAGUCAAUGUCAUGGUGAUCUGACACCACUCCACAUCGCCGCUCGUGAAGGUCACCUCGAAUGUCUCGAAUUACUCCUCCAAUCAGGAGCCGAUUUUAACAUCACAGACUUCAGUGGUCACACGGCACUCGAGACAGCCAAACUGUGGGGCAAACGUGAAUGUGCACGACGCCUCGCCGCAUUCAAGUGGAGCAGCAACAAAAACAACGAAGCCAACGAAACAGUAGAGAAAAAGAUAAGAAAAGAGUACGCAGACAGAGACAGGAAAGAGCGCGAGCGAAGCAAGAGAAUGUGGCAAAACAAUCUCUCAUUCCAGGGAUGGAUUGUCUCGAAGGGUUUCUCACUCUGGGAGAACACGACGUCUCCGACAUCGUGUCAGGAUCGUCUGGAUUGUCGAUUGUUGUCGCCGAUUUCAAUAUGUAGGGCAUGCGAACCGCCACAGAAACCACCUGCACUUCGCUCUGUUCUCAGACAGUCGAAACCCAAAGCGAUCGCAGUGUCAUUCCGAGCAAGAAAGAAGCACUUUCAGACAUCCUAUUUGCUGUCAGGAAUUCAACGGGCGGAGAGGACUCAUCGUGAACAAAGAAAGCAAACGAAAGUAAAACUGACCAAAUGCAACAAACAAGGACACCCGGAAAUUGCACUACAGGAAAUGACAAACCCGGAAGUGACGCAACCGGGAAUGACUAAACCGGAAAUGCCGAUACCGGAAAUGACAAACCCAGAAGUGACGCAACCGGAAAUGUUGAUACCGGAAGUGACGCAUCCGGAUGUGAUACAACUUGAGAGUGACUAUUGCAUUAGCCCUCUGACUCACAGCAAGAGUGUGGAGGUACUGACCAGCACGCAACCGGUCGAACACAACGGCAUGAAGGCCAAGUCUCUGACAAUGCUGGAGCCGGCCAGGAGCACGGCCUGUGAGACGCAGAGACUCGGACCACCAUCGCUCCUCUCUCGUCGCUCGCACAGCUCCACACGCAUUCACACAAAGACUUGCCAGGCAUGGGGAACGCGUCACAUACCUCAACCCAACUCAUUCAUUUGUGUCACACCACAAUCAGCAAGUCACUCCACCACCAGUGGAGCAACACCCCAGCUGGUCGUCGAGCCACGUUCGUUGCAUACGAAACGAGACGGCGAUGCAAAGACACUCGAUGUUGCGUCUCAUCUCAUGAAGUUGGGAGAGAACAGUCAGUCUAUUACUCGAUAUAGAGGAUAUAAUGGCAGUCUGUAGAGAUGUAGAGAUUUUAUGAUCGAUUUGUAUGUGUUGAGAGUGUGAUCCAUGCUGGGAAGUGUCUAGAGUAGUUGAGAGAUAAAUAGUAAUUGAUAUCAAAUUUGGUAACAACAAAUUGACUAACCGAGACACAGCGACCUA